CUUUUCUUGUUCGUGCAAUUCUCUAAUAUAUUGUGCACUACUACUAUACGGACGUUAAGGUAAAUUGUAAAUAUUGCUAUGAAAACGGUUUCUUAAGGACACGCCAUGGAUCUUGAAACAGGGUUUUAUCAGAAUCGUGUAAAGAAAGAAUCUUGGAGGACAGUGUUGACAUUAGCAUAUCAAAGUUUGGGAGUUGUUUAUGGGGAUUUGAGUACCUCCCCACUCUAUGUAUAUACAAGUACUUUUGCUGAAGACAUUGAAAACACAGAAACGAAUGAAGAAGUCUAUGGUGUUUUAUCAUUUAUCUUUUGGACAUUGACUUUGAUUCCUCUGUUGAAAUAUGUGUUCAUUGUGCUUAAAGCUGAUGAUAAUGGUGAAGGAGGUACAUUUGCUCUAUAUUCACUCCUCUGUAGACAUGUCAAAGUGAAUUUAUUGCCAAAUUCUCAGUCAGCAGAUGAAGAAUUAUCAACCUACAAGAAGGAUAUUAAUACUAGUCCUUUGCAAACUUCUUUUGGGGCAAAACUUAAAUCAACUCUUGAGGGGUAUAGAGUAUUACAGAAAUUUCUACUUGUAUUAUCUCUACUUGGAGCUUGUAUGGUAAUAGGGGAUGGCAUUCUUACACCUGCUAUUUCUGUUUUCUCUGCGAUUUCUGGUGCUGAACUCUCUUUGGGAAAAGAUCAUCACUUAUAUAUAGAAGUUCCAGUUGCAUGUAUCGUACUGAUAGCCUUGUUUGCCCUUCAGCAUUAUGGCACCCACAGGGUUGGCUUUUUGUUUGCACCUGUUGUCGUGAUUUGGCUUCUGUGUAUCAGUGCUAUUGGUAUAUAUAAUAUAAUACACUGGAAUCCGACAGUGUAUCGAGCAUUGUCUCCGUUUUACGUGUUCAAGUUCUUGAAGAAAACUCGAAAAGGUGGCUGGAUGUCCUUGGGAGGAAUCCUUCUUUGCAUAACAGGUUCAGAAGCAAUGUUUGCUGAUCUUGGACACUUCUCCCAGUUGUCAAUAAAGAUGGCCUUUACCUUCAUGGUUUAUCCAUCAUUGGUUCUUGCAUAUAUGGGGCAAGCUGCUUAUCUGUCACGGCAUCAUGUUAUGGAGAAUGACUAUCAGAUUGGCUUUUAUGUUUCAGUACCGCAGAAACUAAGAUGGCCUGUUCUGGUGAUUGCUGUGCUGGCUGCAAUAGUGGCAAGCCAAGCUGCUAUAACAGGAACCUUUUCAAUUAUUAAGCAAUGCUCUGCAUUGGGAUGCUUCCCAAGAGUCAAAAUAGUGCAUACGUCGUCAAAAAUACACGGCCAAAUCUACAUCCCAGAGAUUAACUGGACCUUAAUGAUAUUAUGCUUGGCUGUUACUGUUGGUUUCAGAGACACCAAAAGGCUGGGCAAUGCUGCAGGUUUGGCAGUCAUAACUGUCAUGUUGGUCUCCACUUGCUUGAUGUCAUUGGUAAUUGUUUUGUGUUGGCACCAAAAUGUCCUCCUUGCAAUUUGCUUUGGGAUCUUCUUUGGAACAAUUGAGGCUUUAUAUUUCUCUGCUUCGUUGAUGAAAUUUUUCGAAGGAGCAUGGGUGCCUAUUGCCAUUUCUUUCAUUUUCAUGAUGGUGAUGUGCAUUUGGCACUAUGGCUCACUGAAAAAGUACGAAUUUGAUGUUCAAAAUAAGGUCUCUAUUGACUGGCUACUCAGUGCAGGUCCCACCCUAGGCAUUGUAAGGAUCCGUGGCAUUGGCCUGAUAUACACUGAGCUGGUUUCUGGAAUCCCAGCAAUCUUCUCACACUUUGUUACUAAUUUUCCAGCUUUUCACCAGGUGCUAGUUUUCAUUUGUGUCAAAUCUGUCCCAGUUCCUCGUGUUAGACACGAGGAACGGUUCCUUGUAGGACACAUUGGCCCAAGAGAUCAGCACAUCUAUAGAUGCAUCGUUAGGUAUGGUUAUCGUGAUGCUCACAAGGAUGAUCUCCAGUUUGAGAAUGAUCUUGUAUGUAGCAUAGCCGAGUUUAUAAGGACAGGAAAAACAGGUUUGAAUGGUAAUGCUGCUGAUGAUUUAUCCAAGGAUUUGGAGGACAUGACUGUUCUUGGAACCCCUUCAACUCAUAUAUCUGGAGUUCAACUUCGUGAGGACAACGAAGUGAGUUCUGAAUCAGUUGGAUCAUCGAAACAUAGAGAAAUGCACACUACACUGAUGACCAAGCCUAAAAAAAGAGUGAGGUUUUUCAUACCAGAAACUCCAAAAAUUGAGGGAGGUGCAAGAGAGGAGUUGCGUGAACUGAUGGAAGCUAGGGAAUCAGGCAUAGCUUACAUAUUGGGGCAUUCCUACGUCCGAACCAAACAAGGAUCUAGCUUAUUUAAGAAAAUGGUUAUAAAUUUUGGAUAUGACAUUUUGACAAAGAUCAGUAGGCCACCAGCCUAUGCAUUGACUGUACCUCAUGCUUCUACUUUAGAAGUAGGAAUGGUCUAUCAUGUAUGAUCUUGGGUGUAGAAGAGAAACUAGUAAUAAUACCUGUACAUUUAUGUGUAGUGUUUGUAAGAAUACAAGAAACGUGUUAACCUUUAUCAUGUUUGAGAAUGUAAAAUAUAAACCAUUAUCGUAUCUUGUUGACUGAUGCUAUUUUGCAAAGGUAUGACUAGCAUAAGUUUUUUGAAUUA